AUGCCUCGUAGGUCCAAUCUAUCACCUACACACUCCCAAAUUACUAAAUUUGCAAAGUCAGAUCAAGCGAUUAGCGACCGCCACGGAUGUCUUCCAGCCCCCAGACUGAAGAACCAGAGGCCAUUUGGUAUCGAUCGACUUGAGCAGAUCUUUCGCGCAGACUCUGAAUCGCGAUUGAUGGAGCUCUUCCUGUUCCAUUUUCGGCAAACGGGAAAGACACUAGAGCACAAGUUCUUGGGAGUGAAGGCGUAUGGAACGGUCGAGCCGGCUAAUUUGGAGGCUAUCUUGUCUACCAGUUUCAAAGAUUUUGGUCUUGGGCCUCGCCGAGCUAUCCUGUUUCCGGCGUUUGGUGACGGUAUUUUCACGCAGGAAGGCGCUGACUGGAAACACUCCCGGGAUAUGCUGCGACCGCAAUUGCAGCACAAGCAUUAUGAGAGCCUUGAAAUAUUCCAAGAAGCGACCAAUGAUCUCAUCCGGUUGGUUCGAGAACGCGACGGGAUCGUUGAUCUGCAGCCGCUCUUCUUCCGCUUGACUCUCGAUACUACAACAGCGUUCUUGUUUGGCGAGUCCACUCGCAGUCUCGCAAACCCGGAGGUUAUUGGGGAGCGGACUUUUGCGGAUGCAUUCAAUACCGCCCAACAAUGGGCCGUUAUCAGAUAUCGACUCCAGGACCUGUACUGGAUGAUUGACGGUAGAGGGUUCAGGAAAGCUUGCCGAGAUGUUCGCGAGUUUGCCGACAAGAUUAUCGAUCGCAACAUUUCGUCGAACCGAUGUAAGACAGAUGAUGAGGGUAAACAUGUCUUUCUGGAUGCCGUUGCGCAGCAUGCGUCGAAUCGAGCUGCAUUAAGAGGUCAAAUCAUCAGUCUGUUGGUCGCUGGGAGGGACACCACAGCCUGCCUUCUUUCCUGGACAUUGUGA